AUGAAUUCAUCUAGGUCCACAAUUAAAGAAGUAUACAACCGGCUAGAACAGGUCGAGAAAAAAGUAAAUCUCAUUCUUUCCGCCAUACUUCCCAGCGGCGAUGGAGGCGAACCAACCGAGUCAGAAGCCAGCUCUGUAGCUACGGAGUCUGACAAUCUUGGAUGUACAGAAACCGGCCCAAUCAGUACCGCCAGGGGCCAACAGCCGGGGCAUAUCCAGCUACCGACCUUCACCGGCGAGACUUCCAUCGGAUACGCUCUCAAUCAGGUAACAAGCAAUCUGGAGAAAAUGCGAGACAAGUUCAGUAUCAUGAACACUCCGCCCCCACCGCAGAUGUCUACUCCUGCUUUGACGCCCACACCGGACAAAGAUGAUCUGUGGGUGAACAAGGACAUUCGAAGCUUCUUGCGUAACCAUGAUAUUGAGCCUAACAGACCACAAUGGGAUAACCUUCUGACGGUAUUUUGUAACGAAGUCCAUAUUAUGUACCCAUUCCUUCAUUUGCCGACACUAUGGGACCGAUACAGGAGCUUUGUGGAUGCUUGUUCACCUGAACCCACAAAUCCAAGUGUUCUGAAUCAACGGGAUGACCAAGUAUCCAUCUCUCAAAUCAUGAUGUGUCUGGCAAUUGGGAGAUGUACCGAGUCUCUGCGAAUCAACAGUGAAGAUCGGCACUCAGCUGGUUGGAGUCUCUAUGCAGCUGCCAUGGACCUCUUUGGAGAUGUGCUUAGCAUUUUUGCUGAGUGUUCUGAUCAUUUGUUGGUACUGCAGGCUCUAGCAUUGGCGGUUGUCUAUUUGUUUCGCUUGGACAUAACAGCCAAGGCAGAAAAGCUCUUGGCUCUUGCCAUAUCCCAUGCUUAUAACAUUGGUCUGCACAGAGCGAAGGUUGUUAAUAACACCUUGUCAGUGUUUGAGGCAGAGAUGUGCCGGCGACUAUGGUGGAGCCUUUUUAUACUGGAUCGGCGCUUGGCAAUUGACACCAGCCGUCCGUUCUUGAUCCAAGACCUCAACGUUGAUACACCUUUGCCUCAAGACCUCGACAACUCGUGGCUGCUUCAUCACAGAGAAGACCUAGCCAUCAGGCAACAUGUAGCUCCGCAACCAGAAAAGGCACUGAACAAUAUCACCCCGAUCCCUUACCUACAGGCGAUGGUCACUUAUUCGAGGGUUCUAGGAAAGGUCUGGGAGGCCAUUUACAGUGACCCUGAAAUGAAUUCUGCACCUAGUCGGCCUCUUUACGAACCCCUCGAAUAUAUACUUUUCUUGGCCCAGAAAGACAUUCGAUCGGAAUUCGCAUAUAAUGGUAGUGGGCAGUGGAGGACACAAUUUAGCUCAUCGCCAUGGUGGCUGGUCAAGCAGCAAGUACUCAUGCGGAUGCGAUGGUUAUCACUCCACCUUCUGAUACGUAAGCCCAUGUUACAAGGGAGAGCCUCCCUCCGAGCGUCCGGACUCGACGCCGAAAAAAAUGACGUGACCUGUAUGCAGAUUGCGAUCAGAAUCAUUGAAGAAUGUGGUUAUCUACUUGAGGAGAAAGCAACUUACGCCUUUCCGUUCUUUCACUACCUGCUAAGCGCCACAAUCGUCUCGCUUGGUCUCAUAAUCAAGGAGCCAACCUUCAAGGUUUCUUACGGUCCUACCACUCUUCAGGCAGCUCAGAUACUAAAGUCCUACUGCCGCAAGACAUGGGUUUCCGGGAAGCUGAUACGGAGCGUGCUUCGACUGAGCCAGAUGGCAUUGCAGGUACUAGACUGUCCCAAAUCCUUCUCCUGCCGUGAUCCACAUGCUCCCCAGAAGAAACCCCAAUCCAUAGAAAGGCCUGGAACCCCGUUGCACAGGCUCUACGGUGAAGAUUCCGAUCAGAACCUGCGACAUCUCUCGGACCAGCAAUUUGUCCCAACUCAAGGGCCUGGCAGGAACAAAGAUAUGGACCCCAACUGCCCCACCAUCUCCAACGCGCCGCCGCCGUACACAGAAUCUACUGGGUUAGGCAACCUGGUGGUAACUGAUUUCGACUUCAAAGAGAGCUCUCAGCCAGCCUCGCCCUGCGAAAUUACUGCUCAAUUUAGGGCUUCGGCGAACUUAACCCAGUCAAGCGAUAAUGAUACCGCCAGGACAGGGGAAAUCCUUCUUGACAGGUCGUCGAUGGCUACAUAUCAAGUGUCCACAGGAGCGCGGGCUGAUACUGGUGAGUGCGUGGCUGGGGAUAUGGAAUGGCUCGAAGCACUAUUUGGGAAUUAUCUGGAUUCAAAUCUUAUUAUUCGAGAGCAUGAUUGA